AUGAGCACCACCACUGUCAGGCAGUACUCCUCCUCCUCCUCCCUCAAGGGCCUGGGGGGCCUGGGGGGAGGCUCCAGCAGGCUUUCCUGCGUGCGCGGAGGAGGCUACAGAGCCCCCAGCGUCCACGGAGGCUCCAGCAGCUACUCCGUCUCCUCCCGCAUCGUCUCGGGGCUGGGCAGCGGCUAUGGGGGCAGCUACUGCAGCAGCGUCGGAGGGGGCCUGGGCGCUGCCUUCGGGGGUAGCUACGGGGCCGGCUUCGGGGCCGGCUUCGGGGCCGGCUUUGGAAGCGGCUUCGGAGGCGGCUUUGGCGGGGGCCUGGGCGCUGCCUUCGGGGGUAGCUACGGGGCCGGCUUCGGGGCCGGCUUUGGAAGCGGCUUCGGAGGCGGCUUUGGCGGUGGCGAUGGCAUCCUCCCGGCCGGCGAGAAGGAGACGAUGCAGAACCUCAACGACCGCCUGGCCGCCUACCUGGACAAGGUGCGUGCCCUGGAGGACGCCAACACCGACCUGGAGGUCAAGAUCCGGGAGUGGUACAAGAAGCAGGGACCUGGACCGGACCGUGACUACAGCCCCUACUACAGGACCAUCGAGGAGCUCAGGAGCAAGAUUCUUGCUGCUACCGUCGAAAAUGCCAACAUCGUCUUACAGAUUGACAACGCCAGGCUGGCGGCUGAUGACUUCAGAACCAAGUUUGAGACGGAGCAGGCUCUGCGCCUGAGCGUGGAGGCCGACAUCAACGGCCUGCGCAGAGUCCUGGACGAGCUGACCCUGGCCAGAGCUGACCUGGAGAUGCAGAUCGAGAACCUGAAGGAGGAGCUGGCCUACCUCAAGAAGAACCACGAGGAGGAAAUGAACGCCCUGCGUGGGCAGGUGGGUGGAGAGAUCAGCGUGGAGAUGGACGCUGCUCCUGGAAUCGACCUCACCAAGAUCCUGGCCGACAUGAGGGAGCAGUACGAGAGCCUGGCCGAGAAGAACCGCAGGGACGCCGAGCAGUGGUUCUUCAGCAAGACGGAGGAGCUGAACCGCGAGGUGGCCAUCAACACGGAGCAGCUCCAGAGCGGCAAGACGGAGAUCACGGAGCUGCGACGCACCAUCCAGAGCCUGGAGAUAGACCUGCAGUCCCAGCUCAGCACGAAAGCGGCGCUGGAGGGCACCUUGGCCGACACAGAGAACCGCUACGGCACCCAGCUGGCCCAGCUGCAGGGGCUGAUCACCAGCGUGGAGGAGCAGCUGGGCGAGCUGCGCUGCGACAUGGAGCGCCAGAACCACGAGUACAGGGUCCUGCUGGACGUCAAGUGCCGCCUGGAGCAGGAGAUCGCCACGUACCGCCGCCUCCUGGAGGGCGAGGACGCCCACAUCUCUUCCCAGUACUCCUCUGCGAUGUCCUCGCACUCCGGUAGGGACGCCAUGACGUCCUCCCGCCAGGUCCGCACGAUCGUGGAGGAGGUGCAGGACGGGAAGGUGGUCUCCUCCCGGGAGCAGGUCGCCCUCACCACCCGCUAACGGCGCUGGGGACCUUCGGCCCCAGGCUCAGGCUUGUGGCCGCUGAACCAAGCCCUGGCUGAGGCUCUGUUCGGUGGGGCUGUGCCGCAGGCAGCUUCAUCCGGCUGCUUCUGUGCCCUGAUUUACCCUAAUUUUUGCGCAGGUGCUAACGUGCUCUCUAUACACAUUUAAUAAAGCUUUUUUUUUUUCAUUCAUGCAA